CCGUCUCUCUCUCUAGUAGCCGUGCCGUACUUUUCUUGGCUACCAAGCCAAGUCUACCUCGUGCUCGUAGCCCAGAAAGCUCCCCUAGCACAAGCGAGAUACGGCCAAUUAAGGCAUACCGCACGCCGAACCUUCUAAACCCCAAGGUCGUCGGCUUUCUUUCUUUCUCCCUUUUUUUAAUUUCGAAAAUCCGCGGGGUCUCGUCGGUACCUGAGAUCGAAACUCCGCCGCAAGUUGGGACCUCUUCGUCGGACUCGGUGACAUACGACGACGAUGGUGGACCAAGGAGCUGGCGGCAUCGAAAGCCGGGGAGUCGAGAGCAACACGACGAGGCGCAUGUCGGAACCGCGUCCAAACUCUCACGACGACCAGAUCCAGCAGCAGUCGACGGAGACGAAAACGCCCAGCACGGAGAGCGAGGAGCAGAAAUACGGCCAGGCCGGCCCCCGGCACUUGAUACCUGUACACUCAAGCACGGCAGCGAGUAGCGGGCUGUCGCGUAAUCCAUCUGCGAGCUCCAACGCGUCGGCGGAGUCACGGGUCGUGUUCGAGUCCUCGCAAAGAUCUCGCUCUUCGCGGCCCUUGGAGCCGCCGGUAACGAAGGCUACCUUGAGCGAGCUGGACGUGAAUAAGAUCAUCCACAACCCCAAACUACGUCACGACAUAAACUUCGACCCGGACCUCCACUUCCGGCCCAAUGUCGACGGAGAAAAAGGGAGGCGAAAGCAAGAGAAGGCCAAUCAGUUCUGGAACACGCUUACGGAACAGCUGCAAUUGUUUAUCGCCGACCGGGACGAAUUCAUGAGGAGAUUCGGGCGAGGCGAGGAUUGGUGUCUCCCGCAGCUGCUGAAGUCGGUCAAGGAGAUAAUACAGACGCUGGUGCCUCAGCGGGAUCGCAUGUAUCUGGACGAGGGUCUCAAUGUCGAGCUGAUCAUGCAACAGUUCAGCAGGGGGAUAGCGGAUCUAGAAAAGUUGGCCUCGUGGCUGUCUGGCGUGCUCAAGUCCCAUUGUGCUCCUAUGAGGGACGAGUGGGUGGAUGAGAUGUACAGCCAGCUGACCAACGGCAACAAGACUAACGACAUGGAGGAACUAGUACAAGGAAUGCGUAGUCUCUUGAGCGUGCUCGAGGCCAUGAAACUCGACGUGGCCAACCACCAGAUCCGAUGUCUCCGGCCCAUCCUUAUCGAAGAUACGGUGCACUUCGAGCAGCGGUUCUUCCUGAAGAAGAUACGAGAUCGCAAGAUGGAUCCGGGCCCGGCCCAGGCCUGGUACUCGGCAGUAAGCCAGUACUUCUCGCAAGACCACGCGUCGAUUCAAGCUUUCGGCGAGAUGGGCGUCUUCUUUGAAGCGCUCUGUAAGAUGGUACUCCCGUCGACAGAUCCCUACUCCCACCCGGACACCUUCGUCUUCGAUGAAGAGCGGAUGACCAAGCUGCGCUCCGACAUGCUCGACGCCAUCAACCUCGAGAUCUGCAUGCGCCUAUACGAAGGGCUGGAGAGGAAGUACAGAUACUGCAAUUCGAUGUCGAGCGUGAACGCCAUCUCGACACCCUUCCUAGCCGCUCCCUUUUCCGACGCUUCGGGCUCUCUAUUCUCGAGAACAGACGACGACGGGAGCGAGGGCGCGCUGAACCCGCCGAAUUCGCGGCCGUCCAGUCUCGUGUUCAGCUCUGCCGGGUCUGCCCACUCGUCGCCUCGCACCUCCCUCGUUCUACCUUCCCAAUCGGCAGCCAGCCAGCCGGUGGAAGAUGCGCAGACGAAAUCGAGGAACUUGUAUAACUCGCUCGUCGCAUUGCUGCAGACCUCGCCCACCAGCUCGCGUUCCGGCUCUCGCUGGAAGGCGAUGAAGGACUCGUUGGCCCUGCAGAUCUUCCGGUCCACGAACGCGCCGGCCCAGGAUCUCCUGCAAUUCGAGGAGGAGCUCGAUAACCACCUCGGCGAGCUCUCGUCUCCGCUCUUCCAGCAGGUGGAGCAGUACUACCACUACCGCCUGCUGGUAGAGCUCCGACAGCGCGUCAAGGACUUCAAGGGUCUCACCGGUGCCGUCCUGUUCUCGGUUGCUACUGGCGGCCGCCUGCACGGUCCCAACCGUGCGUGGGACGGCUCGCGCGAGAACGUCAGGGACCGUGAGCGCACCUCGCUAGAGAGCGCGAUCCGCGAGGCCCGGGAGGAGGGCGGUGUAGAAGACAUGGCUACGCGGCUGGCACACAUGGGCCUGCUCCAUUGGCGGGUAUGGUCGCAUCUGGUAUACGACGCCGGGGACCUCGACAGCGUCAUGACGGUACCGGAUAUGUCUACAGCCAUCUGAUCGCCGUGGCGGCGUAGCAUAGCGAAAGUCUUUCCCUCUCGCGGGGAUCCUACCUCGCCCACCCCUCUUUCACUCGCUCGGAAGCGCAACUCUUUUCGUCUUUCUUUUCCCCUACGUCGCUCAUCCUUUCUUCGGAGCAGCGGUUUUUUUCUUGGGACCAAAAUCAGGGCCGGACCUUCGUCACUAAUACCCGCCAUCAUCUUGAUAUCAGAAUCCCCCGCUCCGCUCCCCGUUUAAUCUCAUCACAUACAUAUAUUUUGUCGUUCAGCACUUAGACGCCUUUUCUUAUCACCUGGAUCGGCUGGCAUGCUUUUGGUGGUUUUUGUUGUUGUUUUUUAGGAGUAACGGACUUUCCUCUUUUUAUAAUCCGGUUUCAGCACGGUCACAAGCAAGGCAUAGAUGAGGCAUAGUGGUUUUUUUUAUCAUUGUUCCUCCUAGAUCUUUUUUUUUUGUUGCUCAAAUCCCCGUCGUCUUCCUCCCCUUCAUGUCUUGUUUUCUGGUUGCAACCUCUUGGUGGCGAAAGGGUCUGCAUUCGAAAACAUACCCGGUUCUACAUUUUCACAGCAGGCGUUUGUUCAUAUUCCUGAGGCGGCGAGGCGAGGCGAGAAAUUGAUAUCUUUUUUUUUUUUUCAACGU